AUGAAGGGACGCCCUGUCGACCAGCUCGUUUACGAGCACAUGUUCCCUAAACCUCGUGCGAGCGACCCUCAGAACUUUCAUGCCCUUUUGCAGCGUAGCCUGAUCCUGGAAGUCCGUCAAGAGGUCCAUUCCUUCUACGGCCACCUCGACACGCAAGAGGCCAAGUACCCAGGACUCGACUAUUGCAACCCAAUCCACCGCAUCCGUCUGAGCCGUUGGACCUGGCACCGUCGCCUCUUUCGAGCUUUUGAUAAUCUUCGGCUUACACCCAACGAAAUCGCUGCUCUUACAAAGUGGGAGGGCACAAAAUGGGCCAAGGAGCGCUAUGAGAAGGAGCAGGGCAUCACUAUCCGGGAUACUGCAGGCGAUGGUUUUCCUGACUGGGUCGAGCCAGAAGACCGCCCUGUUGUACCCCCACGCAACGCCCGAUCGCGCUCAGUUGAGACGGACGAUGCGACGGAUCCCGGCGAUGAGGAUAUGGACGGCGAAGAGAGCGAAGAGGAGCUUCAUAGUGUUGGUGAGGCCCUGAAUCAGAGACUGAGGGAGCGAGCAGCCCAACGAGAAGCUGGAGACAUGACUACAGUUCUAGAUGAGGAAUGGGAGCAGUGGCUGAAGAAUGUUAUUGAGAGCGGUGAGCUGCCGUUUAUUACUAGCAGCCACCUUACCCGAGGGGUUGACGAUACUGCUGUACCGCAGGCAUCGUUCCCUACCGGCAUGUUGACUGCAGCUCGAGCUGGUCAAUGGCAGGACAUUCCUGACUUCCUCCACGACAUCAUUCGCCGCACCCUUGAGGCCCAAACCUCUAGUGGUGAUGAGGACUCAGUGGCACUUUCUCGGUCUCGUCCCAUAUCUACCAUCACUCGAGAGCGCAGAGGCACUGACGAACACCAUAUCGGCGGCAUUGCGAACUGGCGACGCACACAUUCUGGUCUUCGCCUCCCUGUAGGUGACAGUGGCACCGCACCGACUUUGCACCGGGCGGCGCAGGCUCCAGGGGCAUAG